AAAAAAGUCUAGUCGAUAGAGGGGGGACGCACAGAGGAGCAGUCAGACUCAGGCGUGCAGACGCGUAUCUAGUCGGUCUACGGAACACUGGCCCGUGCGUGCACAUGUACACUAGGACAAGCGGACGUCUUUACAACUUAAUUAAGAAGUAAAUCACCAAAAAAUGGAGCGGGAGUUAUGGAUUUAACGCGCAGAGGACUUGAAAUGGGCGGUCUGCUGGUGGCGUUGCUGCUGUGGAGUUGCCUGCUGUCGGUUGACGGCUCACCUCUCCUCCUGUUCGCCAACCGGCGCGACGUGCGCCUGGUGGAUGCCGAUGGCGUGCGGGGCGAGUCGGCCAUUGUCGUCAGUGACCUAGAGGAUGCGGCGGCGGUGGACUUCCUGUACUCUGAGGGACUGAUAUUUUGGACAGAUGUCAGCGAAGAGGCCAUCAAACAGACGCAUUGGAAUCAGUCAUCCAACUCCCUUAAAGAGGCGCUGGGAACCGGCACUACUGUGGUAGUGUCAGGGCUGGACAGUCCCGACGGGCUGGCCUGUGAUUGGCUGGGCAGGAAGCUCUACUGGACAGACUCGGAGACCAAUCGGAUUGAAGUGGCCAACCUGGACGGCACCUCCAGGAAGGUCCUGUUUUGGAUGGACUUGGACCAGCCCAGGGCGAUCGCCCUCAACCCCGCUCAACGCUACAUGUACUGGACAGACUGGGGAGAGGAGCCCAGGAUAGAGCGUGCUGGAAUGGACGGCAGCAACAGGAAAGUCAUAGUGUUGGCGGACAUCUACUGGCCCAACGGUCUGACCAUAGACCUGGUGGAGCAGAAGCUGUACUGGGCAGACGCCAAGCUCAGCUUCAUUCACAGAGCUAACCUGGACGGAACAGCACGUGAAACAGUGGUGGAGGGCACCCUGACCCAUCCUUUCGCCCUAACGCUGUCUGAGGAGACUUUAUACUGGACCGACUGGCAGACGCGCUCCAUCCACGCCUGUAACAAACACAGCGGGGACAAAACCAGAGAGAUCCUCAGUGGGAUUUACUCUCCCAUGGACAUCCAGGUCCUGGAGUCUUAUCGGCAGCCUAACAUCCAGACUCCCUGCAGUGACAACAACGGAGGCUGUAGUCAUCUCUGCCUCCUCUCUCCAGUUCAGCCGUUCUACAGCUGCGCCUGCCCCACGGGAGUCCAGCUGAAACCAGAUGGGAAGACGUGCAAACCAGGAGCAGAGCAGGUUUUGCUGCUGGCUCGACGGACUGACCUGAGGAGAAUCUCAUUGGACCUGCCAGACUUCACCGACAUAGUACUCCAGGUUGAAGACAUUCGCCAUGCCAUCGCGAUAGACUACGACCCGGUCGAGGGUUACGUCUAUUGGACGGACGAUGAGGUGCGAGCUAUCCGGCGAUCCCACAUCGAUGGCAGCAAUGCCGUGACACUGGUUACCACGGAGAUCAACCACCCGGAUGGUAUAGCUGUGGACUGGGUGGCCAGGAACCUUUACUGGACCGACACUGGCACUGACCGGAUUGAGGUCACCAGACUGAAUGGAACCUCUCGGAAGAUUUUGAUAUCUGAUAACCUGGAUGAACCCAGAGCCAUCGUCCUGGACCCCAUUAAUGGCUUCAUGUACUGGACCGACUGGGGCGAGCAUCCCAAGAUCGAGCGGGCCAAUCUGGAUGGAACAGAACGGUUGGUUCUGAUCAACAGCUCUCUGGGCUGGCCCAACGGACUGGCCAUCGAUUACUUGGCAGGAAAGCUUUACUGGGACGCCAAGACCGACAAGAUAGAGAUGAUCAACGUGGACGGCAGUAACAGGCAGACUCUGCUGGAGGACAAGCUGCCCCACAUCUUCGGCUUCACCCUGCUGGGGGACUACAUCUACUGGACGGACUGGCAGAGGCGCAGCAUCGAGAGGGUCCACAAAGCCACGGCCGUGCGGGAGAUCAUCAUCGAUCAGCUGCCGGAUCUGAUGGGGCUGAAGGCCACCAAAGUGACGGAGGCGCACGGUACAAAUGGCUGCGCGGAGGAUAACGGCGGAUGCAGCCACCUGUGUUUCUGGUGUCGGCAGGCCGUCAGCUGUGCCUGUCCCAUGGGGAUGGAGCUGCUCUCAGACCUGCAGACCUGUGUGGUGCCCGAGGCCUUCCUGCUCUUCACCAACAGGGACAACAUCAGGAGCAUCUCUCUGGGUACCAACAGCAACGACGUGCCCAUCCCUCUGACAGGAGUGAAGGAGGCCUCAGCUCUCGACUUUGAUGUCUCUGAAAGGAGAAUAUACUGGACAGACAUACAGGCCAAGACAAUCAGCAGAGCGUAUAUGAACGGCAGCUCUGUAGAGCAUGUCAUAGAGUUCGGGCUGGACUACCCAGAAGGCAUGGCCGUCGACUGGAUGGGUCGCAACAUCUACUGGGCUGAUACGGGCACCAACCGCAUCGAGGUGGCCCGGCUGGACGGCCAGCACCGACAGGUUCUGGUCUGUAAGGAUCUGGACAACCCGCGCUCGCUGGACAACCCACGAUCACUGGCACUGGACCCGGGCAACGGCUACAUGUACUGGACAGAAUGGGGGGGUCGACCUCGUAUAGCCAGAGCCUACAUGGAUGGCAGCACCGUCACAACCUUGGUGGACAAAGUCGGCCGGGCCAACGGACUGACCAUCGACUACGUAGACCAUCGACUCUACUGGACCGACCUGGACACGUGCAUGAUCGAAAGCACCAACAUGCAAGGCCUUCAGAGGGAGAUCAUUGUGGACGACCUCCCCCACCCCUUCGGUCUGACUCAGUACCGGGACUUCAUCUACUGGACGGAUUUUAACCUGCGCAGCAUCGAGCGGGCAGACAAACGCAGCGGACUCAACCGCACCGUGGUGCUGCAGGGCCAGCUGGAGCUGAUGCUGGACAUCCUGGUGUUCCACUCCUCUCGCCAGGAGGGGACCAACGAGUGCUCCCACAACAACGGCAACUGCGGCCAUCUUUGCCUGGCCACGCCCGCCGGUGCCCAGUGCCGCUGCGCCUCCCACUACACUCUGAACCCCGAUGGACGAAACUGUAGCUCUCCCUCUAGCUUCCUGCUCUUCAGCCAGAAGGCGAGCAUCAGCCGGAUGGUGCUGGGAGAGCAGAGUCCAGACAUCAUCCUGCCAAUCCACGUCCUCAGGAACGUCAAAGCCGUCAGCUAUGACCCACUGGACCGGCUCGUCUACUGGCUGGACGGACGGCAGAACAUCCGCAGGGCCAGAGACGACGGAACCAUGUCGUCCAUGAUCGUGAGCAGCAGCGUCCAGCCGGUGGAAAACCAGCUCCACGACCUGAGCCUGGACCCCUACAGCCGCCACAUAUACUGGACCUGUGAGACGACCAACACCAUCAACGUCCAGAGGAUGGACGGACACACCGUGGGCGUGGUCCUGAAGGACGACACCGACAAGCCGCGGGCCAUCGUGGUCAACGCCGAGAAAGGAUACAUGUAUUUCACCACAGUGCAGGAGCGCUCAGCUAAGAUCGAGGGAGCCAGUCUGGACGGGACAGAGAGAGAGUCUCUGUUCACCACUGGUCUGAUCAGACCAGUAGCUCUGGCUCUGGACAACAAACUGGGGAAACUGUUCUGGGUCGACGCCGACCUCAAACGCAUCGAGAGCAGUGACCUGACAGGAGCCAAUCGCAUCGUCCUCCAGGACUCCAACAUCCUCCAGCCCACGGGGCUGACGGUUCUGGGGGAUCAUCUGUACUGGAUCGACCGGCAGCAGCAGAUGAUCGAAAGGGUGGACAAGCUGACCGGGGAUGGACGCACACGCAUACAGGGACGUAUCUCAUACCUGACCUCCAUCCACGCUGUGGAGGAGAUGGACCCACAGGAGUUUGCAUCCCACCCUUGUUCCCGUGACAACGGCGGCUGCUCCCACAUCUGCAUCGCCAAGGGAGACGGCACACCUCGCUGCUCCUGUCCCAUGCACCUGGUGUUACUGCAGGACCUGCUGCACUGUGGAGAGCCUCCCACCUGCUCCACGGAGCAGUUCACCUGCUCCACGGGGGAGAUCGACUGCAUCCCCAUGGCCUGGCGUUGCGACGGCUUCCCCGAGUGCGACGACAGCAGUGACGAGGAGAACUGCCCCGUCUGCUCGACCUCCCAGUUCCAGUGUGACAAAGGAGGCUGCAUCGACGCCCAUCGGCGCUGCAACGGCGAACCGGACUGCGCCGAUCAAUCCGAUGAGCACCACUGUGGAACCAUCUGCCAACCCAACCAGUUCCGCUGUGGAGACAACCAGUGCAUCACCAAGAAACAACAGUGUGACAACUACUCGGACUGUCCCGACGGAUCUGAUGAGCUCGCCUGUGAGUACGUGUCACCUCCCUCCAGUGGCAUCCCCAACGCCGGGCCCAACACCAUCGGCCCCGUCAUCGCCAUCAUCCUGCUCGUCUUCGUGAUUGGUGGAGCUUACUUCGUCUGCCAGCGCGUGGUGUGUCGGCGCUACAAGGGCCCCAGUGGAACGUUUCCUCACGAGUACAUCAGUGGAACGCCCCACGUGCCCCUCAACUUCAUCGCCCCCAGUAGCUCCCAGCAUGGCACCUUCCAAGGUAUUUCCUGUGGGAAGUCCAUGAUGAGCUCAGUCAGCCUGAUGGGCAGCAGCAGCAGUGGAGCUCCUCUCUAUGACAGGAACCAUGUGACUGGAGCCUCGUCCAGCAGCUCAUCAUCUACCAAGGGAGCCUUCUACCCACAGAUCCUGAACCCUCCUCCGUCCCCGGCUACUGACCGCUCUCUCUACAACACAGAGAUCUUCUACUCGUCCAACAGUCCGUCCACCACCAGAUCAUACAGACCCUACCACCCGGUCCGCGGUGCCGCCCCGCCCACCACUCCCUGCAGCACCGAUGUCUGCGACAGCGACUACCCCCACCACCCACCAGCCGGGCCGGCGUCAUCGGCGGGCCGCUGGAAGACCGCGGGCCACGGCGGGCACGGCAAACACAACAAGUACUACAUGGACCUGAACUCGGACUCAGACCCCUACCCUCCGCCCCACCCCCGCUCCCAAUACCUGUCGGCAGAGGAGAGCUGCCCCCCGUCCCCGUCCACCGAGCGCUCUUACUUCCACCUGUGCCCCCCGCCCCCGCCCUGCACCGACUCCUCGUGACCCCCUCCCAACGGCCCCCCGGAGCCCCGUGAGUAAGGAUCCAGUCCACUCGCUACACUUUACCAGGGAUAGAACUCACGUGCCAACUUCCAGCCCUGACCGGCUCACACUCGCUGCUUUUUGUUCCAGCUGGUUAGGCCCAAGUGCCUUGCUCAAGGUCCCCUACGUCCCCGCAGCGGUCAUCUCAUCAUUCCAGUCCUCUUGGAGCUCUCAGGGUGACCAUCAUCGGAUCAGUUCUACCACGUGUCCUGUUCUCACUCAGUUGUGGCAGGUUGAAGGUCCGAGGCCCUCUCUGCCUCGCUGCAGGCCACAAAGGAGGAGACUGUGUGAAUACAGCCGGCAGCUCCCUCUAACAUUUUCAUUCCAUCAAAAGAAGGCAAACCUCCUUUGCCGGUCCACUUCUCCAUCUACUGACCUCCAUCUGUCCAAACUCACAGUAACUUUUGCCGCUUGCUGCUCCUGGCCUCCACUAAAACUCAUCAGCAUCCAGCUCACCAGCCGAGAGAGUCUCCGGUGUUGUGUGAAACCUUCUCCUCUCUCACAGCGUCCUUGUUGGCAGGACUGUAUAUAGUGUUAAAAAAUGAUAUGGACGAAAAAAUUAAUCAGAGGGGAAUUAUUUUACUAUUUUAUUCACGCUGGCUGAUCCACCGCUCCGCACGAAAAAGAAAGAAAGGACAGACGGACGUGUGUGCGUGAGCAAGUGACAGACAGGUGAACGACGGGACAGCUGAUGUAGGAUAAAAAGAAAAAAAAAAGCUGAUACCUCCACCUCAUUCAUGUGUGGAGAGGUAUGAACGAGCGGGUGGAAUAAGGCUAAGAUCAAAGUGUGAAAACUUUUCUGUACAUUUAAUUUUUUUUGAAAUGUUGUCCCUCACAUUUCAAAUUGUGAAUUAUUUUGUCGUUGAACACGGGGGACUAAUCUGCCAACAAUCCUUCCUUUUUAAUUUCCCAUGAAUCCACCGUGUGACAACAACAUACCAAAUGAACAUCAACGUGUAAAGCUAUUGUACAUAUGUGUAAUGAAGUCAAUGAUUGAGUUGUGAGAAGUGAAUCUGAACCUCUGCCGUCGCGUCUUCUUCACCCUCAUCGUCCCGUUUACCAAAAGUAUGUUUGCUGCUAUCGUGUACAUACUCAGUUAUCAAUGAUUAUUAUGACGUAUAAUUAAACCGAAAGCCCCAAAUUACCACUCUCAUACUGACAGUAGAUCAUGAAGCUAUUUUACAGUUAAUAACAAAUUAUUCUUAUAGCGCCUUUUGUAAUUCGUAUUUCUUAUUUGUGUGUAGAUCAUCGUCUUUGUGUCUGUGUCGGUUGUCAUGUUUGGGUUUGAAGGAGUCUUUUUUUAUUUUUCUAAUUGGAAAGUGAAAGAGUUCCAGCUGAGACAUUUAGUUCAGAGCUGUUGCUGGAAUCAAACCGAAGGUCUCGGUGUGCUUCAGAUGCAUUUGUGGUCUCAACACACCUCUACACAGCUGGAUGAUCACAUAGGUGGGCUUGAAAAAAGGGGUUUCAGACUCCGUCGGGCCCUGAUCAGACAGAGAGCGCUUUGCAGGUGGAGAGAACGCAAGGAGCACCGCACUGCCAUUUUGUUCCAGGAACAGAGAGAGAGUUUUUAGAAUUUUUCUGUCUUUUCCUUUUUAUUAUUAUUUAUAUUUCGCUAGGCAAACACGGAACAAGUUCUAACGUUAGCUUAGCAAAAACCAUGAACUGAAUGCUACCUAAUAGUUCGAUGUAUCCCCAUCCAAAAAAGUUAACAAAAAGGUCAAUACCUAUGAAAACCAGCAACAGAUGUUGUUUUCUGCUCGUUGCAUGCAUACAGUCUUUUCAAAAUAAACUUCCGUCUUCACAGGAAACAAUAGUUUAGGUUCAGGCACAAAAAUCACUUUGUUAGGUUUAGGAAUAGAUCGUUGUUUGGGUUAAAAUAACUACAAAAGUGCCAUAACUGAAGUAUGCCAGUUAACAAAUAAAUCAACAAUGACUUCUUGUUUCACACGGGGAACGAUCAGCGGUCUGCAGGCUGAAAGCUUGCUUAUUUUGUUGAACCCACCCAUUCGUUGGAUAUCUACGAAUUACUGCAAAUUAUUUUAUCGUGGGUAUAGCUAUGAGAUGCUGGAUGAGACACAACCGGAAUAGUUAAUAAAACAAUUCAAAUGAAUGAAAACAACUUCCCCAAAUCAGGUACUGCACUAAUUUGCCUCCUGCUGUUUUUAAGUUCAUUUCAUGAUAACUGCGGUUAGUAAACACAAAACACUUCAUUCAAAACAAUUACAAAAAGGAGCACUGAGCUGCUCAAACGCUCUCUGUCUGAUCCGGAGCUCACACAGUCCAACAAGCACACCGAGGCCUUAAGUUGUGCCGGUGCUCUCCUCCAGUAUAGUGAACCUAUCUAUUAAACCCUGCUGUGGAGUCAGAAUGCCUUCCCAAAAAGAGAAACGUCACCACUGCAAACAUAAAGUGAAAGGUUUGAUGGGGGUGUCAUCAGCGCUUGCAUGGUGCAGCGUGCUUUGCUUGUUGUGUUUCCCCACCUCUGAGACCUGCUCAGAUAAAAGCUCAGUGAUUCUCAUCAUGUACCGUCGUGGUCUAGCUUUCGGUCUUCUCAUUCUAUAUGUGGAGACCAAACGGUGUCUUCAGGGUUAAUCCAGCACUUAAUAUCAUUAUGUUAUAAUGUUAUCUACACAACACCCUAAUAUCAAACAGUGGAAAGACGUUUCAUGCACUUACAAAAACAAAAGAGAUCUCAUGUUUCCUAGGAAAUAAAGGAAUGAGAAUGCACUGGCCUUUCACCUGGAUGUGGAGUUACAGCAGUAAAAAAAAGGAGAACACACCAAGCUUCCUCUAAGCUGGCCUUACGGUCACCUUUGUAUCACAGUCAUGUUUGAGCCCACAGGACCCUCUGAUGUUAUAUAAUGGUGUAAUGGCAGCAAACCCUCAGAGGGGGACAUUUCUGGAGAUGGAUCUUUAUGUGUCAGUUGGAACUCUGAGCAGCACAACUCAUUUCUAUAUUAAAGGCCAUAGGCCCCGCCUCAAACCACUGUGUCAGUAAAAACUCCUUAAAACCUGUAUUUGUUGUCUCAGUUAAAAAUGCUUUGUGUAAUUUACACUUGUGACAUUUUUUGUAUCAAAAGCAUUUUUAUAUAAUAAAGGUUCUA